GCCCGCCGGAGCCUGUUCGCAUCCACUGACCAGAGGCCGCGAAUCGUCCGCUCCGGACCUCCGGACCUCCAGACCUCCCCAACCCCAGCUUUCUGGCCAGUGAAAACACUUCAGAAGCAUGUCUCUGCAUCAGUUUCUGCUAGAGCCAAUCACCUGCCAUGCCUGGAACAGGGAUCGCACCCAGAUCGCCCUGAGCCCCAAUAAUCAUGAAGUGCACAUCUACAAGAAGAAUGGGAGUCAGUGGACGAAAGCUCACGAGCUGAAGGAACAUAACGGACAUAUCACAGGUAUUGACUGGGCUCCCAAGAGCGACCGUAUUGUCACUUGUGGGGCAGACCGCAACGCCUAUGUCUGGAGUCAGAAAGAUGGCAUCUGGAAGCCNACCCUGGUGAUCCUGAGGAUUAACCGUGCAGCCACUUUUGUGAAGUGGUCCCCACUUGAGAACAAGUUUGCUGUGGGGAGCGGAGCCCGGCUCAUCUCUGUUUGUUACUUUGAGUCUGAGAAUGACUGGUGCCUUUUUCUAGUGUUUUCUGCCUAUAUCAAAGAGGUGGAUGAGAAGCCAGCCAGCACGCCCUGGGGCAGCAAGAUGCCUUUUGGUCAGCUGAUGUCUGAGUUUGGUGGCAGUGGCACCGGCGGCUGGGUGCAUGGGGUCAGCUUCUCUGCCAGUGGGAGCCGCCUGGCCUGGGUCAGCCACGACAGCACAGUGUCUGUUGCUGAUGCCUCAAAAAGCGUGCAGGUUUCGACUCUGAGAACGGAGUUCCUGCCGCUGCUCAGUGUGUCAUUUGUCUCAGAGAACAGCAUGGUGGCUGCCGGCCAUGACUGCUGCCCGAUGCUCUUUAACUACGAUGACCGUGGCUGUUUGACCUUCGUGUCCAAACUGGAUGUCCCAAAACAGAGCAUCCAGCGCAACAUGUCUGCUAUGGAACGCUUCCGUAACAUGGACAAGAGGGCCACUGCUGAGGACCGCAACCCAGCCUUGGAAACACUGCACCAGAACAGCAUCACUCAAGUGUCUAUUUAUGAAGUGGACAAGCAAGAUUGUCGCAAAUUUUGCACUACUGGCAUUGAUGGAGCCAUGACAAUUUGGGAUUUCAAGACCCUAGAGUCUUCCAUCCAGGGUCUCCGGAUAAUGUGAAGCCGAGCGAGCCUCUGCCAUCCAGCAUGAGGAACGGGACUGAGUCUGCUGCUCAUGUGCUGGUGAGGAUCGCUGGCCCAGGGAAACACUGUCACACUGAAGCAACUAGCGUGUGUUCCUAUGGAUGUCGUGGGUGACGUGUGGCAUUUAGAGACAGCAGUGGUUUGUUUUCUUUCAUUUUGUUUUGUUUUGAUUUUGCUAUCUCAUUCCAUUUUUGACCAAAGUUUGUCUUUAAGUAGUUUAUUAUGGAAGAUUGUCACACUAACUUAAAGGGGAAGGGAAGUAUGUACAUUGUGUGCUGAAAAAAAAAAAUUAAAGAAAAAUCCCAAGUGUG